CUCCGAGAUCGAUUCAGCGCACGGCCAUGUUAAAUAUCUAGACGGAAGAGACAAAAGCUACAGCAACAAAGAAUUUCUCAAGAUACGCUCGAAGAGUCGAGUUUAUCAAAUUCACGAAGAUUCAAAUCCUUCAUAAUUAGAAGGUGAUACUUCCACAGUCCAGGAUUUCCUCGACGGAUGUAUUCAGCAAUUUUGACAGUAAAGUGAGCAAAAACGACAGACGUCGUGAAGCCAAGAGUGGAACAAUAUUUGGGCUGUUAACGUAAUCUUGGACAAAUAAUCCUGCAUUGACUUUAAAGCUGAAAUCCAUCAGUGCUGACCUUUCAGCUGGUUAAAUAGGAGAAAGUAACAUUGAGCAAAGUUUUUGGAAAUUCCACAUGUCGAAGAGAAUACCAGGAUUUUAGCCCUGUGCUUUUGAAUGUAAAGACUUUGCAAUUUUUGGAAACCAAAAGAAAUAUUGAGGGUAAUAAAGGAUUUCUUCAGCUGAACAUUUGUGGGGUGGAAAGGAAAGAAAAAAAAAACAACAAAAAAAAAGUGACGUGAAUACUUUGAACAUUUUCAGGGAUAGCGCAAAAGUGAUUUUUGAACAGCAUUAAUUGAUUUUUGAUCACUUGCAUUUUAAAAUCGUUGUGCAAGACUUGAAUUUGUAAGUACCUGUUUGCUAAUUAUUUUGUACAUUGACUCUAGGGUUUUGAAAUAUUUAUUUAUAUAAAUAUAUUUUUCUCCUAUUUUGGGAGAGCUUUCUUAUUAUAUAACAGAAUUGUUUUACGCCAGACACUCUUCUUUUCAAGAGGUCUGUUCGUACCAGAAACGGAAACUGUUUACAAAAGCGUGCGUUGAGCGAAACCGUAAACCAGUUUAACAAAUAGCUAAAAAGUAGCAGAAAAGUUUCUUUUGAUUGACACUGUUGAGGAAAACAUUUUACAAUGGCUACAGCAAGAACAGAGAUCCCUGCUUCAGUCAUGUCAAUGACCAAACAGAAUGGACAGUCCAAGCCAAUGACCCUCCAGUCAGGGUCACUUACUUCAACACAAUCAGGAAAAGCAUCUAUUGCGCCCCAGAAAGGAAGCAGUAUACCCCAAAGCAGUGGUGGUAUCAGGUUUGGUGAUGACUGGAAGAAGUGCCUGCAGCUUCCACCGAAAGACACGAGAGUGAAAACCACAGAUGUGACUGCGACCAAGGGGAACGAAUUUGAAGAUUAUUGCCUGAAGCGAGAACUACUAAUGGGUAUUUUUGAGAUGGGCUGGGAGAAGCCUUCCCCUAUCCAGGAGGAGAGUAUUCCCAUUGCCUUGUCAGGAAGGGACAUUCUUGCCCGAGCCAAAAAUGGUACAGGUAAAAGCGGAGCCUACCUCAUCCCCCUCUUGGAGAGGAUUGAUCUGAAGAAGGACCACAUUCAAGCCAUGGUGGUGGUGCCAACUCGUGAGUUAGCUUUGCAAGUGAGCCAGAUAAGUAUCAACAUGAGCAAGCACCUCGGUGGCGUCAAAAUUAUGGCUACAACAGGUGGCACCAACCUGAGGGAUGACAUCAUGCGUCUUGAUGAGACUGUACAUGUUAUAAUCGCUACCCCUGGCAGGAUCCUGGACUUGAUGAAGAAAGGGUUGGCCAAAGUUGACAAAGCUCAGAUGAUUGUCAUGGAUGAGGCUGAUAAGUUGCUUUCUCAAGACUUUGUGGUGAUCAUUGAGGACAUCAUCAGCUUCCUGCCCAAAAAGCGUCAAAUACUUCUCUAUUCUGCUACUUUCCCCAUCAGUGUGCAGAAGUUCAUGAGCAAACACCUUCAGAAGCCAUAUGAAAUCAAUCUAAUGGAUGAGCUGACACUGAAAGGCAUCACUCAGUACUAUGCCUAUGUGACAGAAAGACAGAAAGUGCACUGUCUGAACACUCUCUUCUCUAGACUCCAAAUCAACCAGUCAAUCAUCUUCUGUAACUCCACCCAAAGGGUGGAACUCCUUGCCAAAAAGAUCACUCAGCUUGGCUAUUCCUGCUUUUACAUCCAUGCCAAGAUGAUGCAGGAAUACAGAAAUCGUGUGUUCCAUGACUUCAGAAAUGGACUGUGUAGGAACCUGGUCUGCACAGAUCUUUUUACAAGAGGAAUUGACAUCCAGGCUGUCAAUGUGGUCAUCAACUUUGACUUCCCCAAAAAUGCAGAAACAUACUUGCACCGCAUUGGCAGAUCAGGCAGGUACGGUCACCUGGGUCUGGCUAUUAACCUGAUCACUUCAGAAGAUCGUUUCAACCUAAAGGGCAUUGAGGACCAGCUGUUGACUGACAUCAAGCCCAUACCCAGCAGCAUUGACAAGAGCCUGUAUGUGGCAGAGUUUCACUCCCUGAACCCUGAUGAGGAAGAGGCUGCAAACAAAGCAGCAGAGCUUAAUUAACCCUUACCGGAGAAUAAAUGGACUGAUGCCUGGCAUUCUGCACAUUUUCUACUGAAAACAGAUGCAAAGAUUAUUUUAUUUUUUCUCUCUAACCAAAUGCUUCCAGAGUCUGGAACAGCCAUGGAAAAAAUGUGAUCAGCUGCCGCAAGAAGCCAGUAUAAAGUAGGUUUGUUCUAUAUACAUGCAGCGGUCAUCCCAGGCAGCUUACUCUUUUUGGUUUGGAGCACAAUAAGCCACUGGUAUUUGGACUCAGCGCAAAGACCAUUCAUUGGACAUAACUGUUGUUCAACUGUUGUUCCCCCCCACCCCCCACUUUAAUUUAGCAAGAUGCAACCAACAAAAGUAGAACAGGAGAGGAAGCCUCAUAAGGUUGAGUACUUUUACUGCAGUCUGUCCAUCACCUAAUGUGGUCUUUGCAGUUGAUCAGGGAUGACCAGGGAGGAUAUAUGACAAAUUCAUAAUGAUCUUCUGUUUGUUGUUAAUGGCCUUGUUUUAUGUAUAAUCUUGAGAAAGGGUGAAGGUUGGUACUUUGCUCUCCUGUACAUGGACAUUUUAGAGUAUGCCUGUUUUCAUAGGCUACCUUUUGACAUGUCUCUCACCACGUUGUCACUUUUAAAAACUCUUGUCACCCAAAUAUCAAAUCCUUAAGUUGUUCUGUCUCUGCAGUGCAUCACUCUCACUUAUGGCUGUCACUGUCUGGGUUUCUCUAAGUGCCUUAAUCUGUUACUUCCUCUGGUAAGGAGGGAGUGCUCUAGGUGUGUGGUGCAAAAAAAGCUUGGUCAGGAUUGUCAAAGGAACCUGCUAGAUUUAGAUUUCUCUUGAUAUCUCAAACCCAUAAAUCAUUUGUUCUCAAUUUGUUCACCAGUUAGUUAAUUGGUAGCGAAUGUUGCCUUCCUCAGCAUUGGCUGGGUUAAGCAAUAGAACUGCCCCAGCCCAGGAGUUUUAUAAGUGAGGCAAAACUUCUGUAGUUCUGCCUGCAUUUUGGAAACUUUUUUUAAAGCUGGGGACAGUUUAAAUUGUUUGCGGAACUGAAUGCGUGGUCAGGAAUAUAUUUAAAACAAGUCUAUGUUUCUGGCAUUGUCUAAUGUGCAGAUAGAGAGAGUAAUAUCUUUUGACAUAUCUUGAUGAAAUCACACCUGUAAUAAAGUUGGUAGCUCUCAAAAUGUAAACUCCUGUCCCAUGUCCCCAGUUGUAUGUUGAGUUGUGCUCUUUGCCAUGUGUUGUAAUAAUUAGAAGCUGUAUGUUUUACUGCGAGGAUUAAUGGGACAAUGGCGAAAGCUUUUUGCUCCAAGUGUUGAUGCCAGCCUAUCCCGACCAUUUUUUCUCUUUUAAACAAAAUAAAGUCCAGCAUAUUCUCCAA